AUGGGAACAUGUCUCUGUACCUCGAUUCACCGCUUGGCCGAGACGUUUGACGAGGAUCGAGCUAAAGAGCUGAUCCCUGCUCUAAACUCGCACCUGCAGCAUCUGGUCGCCGUGCUGGGUCAGUCCCGAGCUCUCUGCCGCGAGGUGCAGUAUCGCAUCACCCCCAGCAAUCAGCGGACAAACAAGGUCUUCUCCGUCGAGUCCGUCGAUCUCACGCCUGUCGACCAGGUAUGCGAGCGAUUCCGAGGUGAUGUCGAUGGCUUCUGGACCGUCUUUGACGAUGACGCCGUCCACGCCGAGUUACGGCGGCGACUUGCCUGCGUCGUGAUAUUUCUCCGGUCUAGAUUGAGUGCCCAAGCGUCCGUGCCCCCUCCCAUCGCCAAACUCUUCGUCGGACAACCCAACUAUACAAACAUUCGGAAUUCUGGGAGAAAGUAUAUUCAGCUCGCUCGCAGACUCGGUGGUCUCGGAGCUAUCUUUUGGUUCCCACUCAAUAUUCCACAUUCGACAUACGAGAGAUAUCUAAACGUGGAUGACGGGGAGCUAUUCAGUCAUUUCCUCUCUCUUCGUCCACAAUUUAAGCACUAUACAGGGUUUGUGCAGCGCUCAAUUCUGUGUCAAUUGCACGAUCUUUCUCUUCAAUCAUCAUACUACAACCUUUUUGCCGACUACGCUGAUGUCCUUCCCGACUCUGACCAGCUCUUACUCCUGCUUCAUGGACUUGGUGGCACUGAGAUUCCCGUCGUUCUAUUGAAAAGUGCCCGCCUCUCCCAGCGUCGUUGGAAUAUCCAUGGAGAGAUAGAGAGUAUCAAUGCGAUAGACUUUGGGCUCCCAAAAGGAGUGGUCGAAUGUUUGUCAGAUGAAACAGUAUUCUCCUCAGUGGCAGCAAGCCCCUACAUCAUUAAGCAAGUCCUGGAAGAUGACACGGUCGCUUGGUCUCUGCGUCCGGAAUUCAGCCUCUUCCUAUCCCAAGCCUUGACCCCCGAAGCCAUGGAGGAGCUUGGAUCAAUAGCAUUGAAGCUGUUGUGCUUUGCCUGCCCACCAUGCUAUGAGGGCAAUACAGACUGGUCUAUACCGCUCAAAGACGCAGUUUGGAUGGUAUUAGAUAAUGCUAUACAGAUGCAGAAAGUGCAAAGUUCAGAUAGAUCUCAGGUUCUCGAGGCAAUUCUCUACUUUGCCGAGAGAGACUCGGUCUCCACCCGGCACGCGGCCAUGGAGCGAGCUAAAGCUCUUGUGCGAAAGCCAAUGUCAUAUUAUCUCCAGGCCUCUGUUGUGCUCUUUCAGAGCAUACUAUGUCGCAUUGAUGGAGAUACUGUCAAGUCCGAGGCGCAAAUACGCAACUUCAUGUGGCGCGGCCCGCAGCCAGCCACGCGCCGCGACCAUGCACUCAGAGGGCGGCUACACAUUUCUCAAAUCGAGAAUAAAAUCAAGUGCUUCGACAAUGAUGUACCCUCGUUCAUUUACAAGUGGAGAGCUGAGUUGCCAUUGUCCACUCUCGACACCGAGGUAACUUUCAGACUCCAGAGCACAGCGGCAAGGUUCUUUCAGUCCAUUGGAGACUUUGGUGCCGCCAGAGCGUCUCUUGAACAGUUCAUGGCAUUGAGUUCGCCCAAGCCCAUCCGUGAUAUUUCACGACGCCUCUUGGUUGGCAGACUCGCGGACAUGUAUUGCGAAAUGGAGGAUUAUGCAAAGGCUCUCGAGAUACUUCAGCCAGAACUUGACAGCGCCGUCGGACCGGGUCGAUCACGCCGUGAUUUCCGACGUUUAUUGUUGGCGUCCGUGGAAAGUAAUAUCGGACUCGGAAGACUAGAUGCGGCGCAAUCCCUAUUGAAUGAACUUCGGAAUCAUGAACCUCGGGAGUUGGACAACAUACACGACCAGCAACUGCAUAUGCGCAUAGUUCUUGCCGCAGCUCGCAUCGUCCACUUGGGGUCCGACCGCGAGGAGGCAGUGCACCAAUGGAUGUUUGCGCUUUGGGAGGUGCAGAACAUGAACAUUCUCAAUUCUACCGCCGGGUUUACGGCGGCCAUGAUAUAUCUGUCCCUCGCCCACGCACAACUUACCACUGGCGACAGGUACGGUGGCCAGCAGUCGUGGGAAUCUGGAUCAGAAAUCUUGAAACACGAGAGAUGCGAAUUCUGGCUAUCCGUUGUUCCCACAGUUUGGCUGCAAAAGAUUGCUCAAGAGGUUCAUGCGAUGGAAGGUUGGUCGGUGAACAUGAUGCUUCCAGGCGGCACGCGCACCGUCACGAGGCCGUGA